GCGGCGUAAACAAAGGCCGUCUGCGGCGAGAAGCAAGCUGGAGGUGGGGCGGAGGGGCUGGAAGCAGGUACCGGCCCGAGGCGGACCCCUGCCCGCCCUGCUCCCGGCUCUGCGUCCUCGCCGACCCCCGCCCGCGACCCCCGCCAGCCGGCGAGAGGCCGUCCUCGGUGAGGCGGGCCGCGAGGACGCGAGCGCGGGCGGCGGGGAGCGGCCCUAACGCUGUGCCUUUCGCCACCGCCGCCUCGCCUCGCGCCACCGUGCGUCUCCUUCCUUUUCCUUUGUCUUUUCCUCCGUCGCGGGUGCGGGAAUUGUCGGUGAGCCGAAGUGCAGCCUCAAGAUGGCCGAUGGCUACGAGGACCUGCGGGAGGACGAGCUCCCGGGGCCGGCCUAUGAGGGCUACGAGUCCGCGGAACUCGCCUGCCCCGCUGAACGCAGCGGCCACGUAGCCGUCAGCGACGGGCGCCACAUGUUCGUCUGGGGCGGCUACAAGAGUAAUCAAGUCAGAGGAUUAUAUGACUUUUAUCUGCCUAGAGAAGAACUCUGGAUCUACAACAUGGAGACUGGAAGAUGGAAAAAAAUUAACACUGAGGGUGAUGUUCCUCCUUCUAUGUCAGGAAGCUGUGCUGUGUGUGUAGACAGGGUGCUGUACUUGUUUGGAGGACACCAUUCAAGAGGCAAUACGAAUAAGUUCUACAUGCUGGAUUCAAGGUCUACAGACCGAGUAUUACACUGGGAAAGAAUUGACUGCCAAGGAAUUCCUCCAUCAUCAAAGGACAAACUUGGUGUCUGGGUAUAUAAAAACAAGUUAAUAUUUUUUGGAGGGUAUGGAUAUUUACCUGAAGAUAAAGUAUUGGGAACUUUUGAAUUUGAUGAAACAUCUUUUUGGAAUUCAAGUCAUCCAAGAGGAUGGAAUGAUCAUGUACAUAUUUUAGACACUGAAACAUUUGUCUGGAGCCAGCCUAUAACUACUGGUAAAGCACCUUCACCUCGUGCUGCCCAUGCCUGUGCAACUGUUGGAAACAAAGGCUUUGUGUUUGGAGGCAGAUAUCGAGAUGCUAGAAUGAAUGAUCUUCACUGUCUUAAUCUGGAUACAUGGGAGUGGAAUGAAUUAAUUCCACAAGGCAUAUGCCCAGUUGGCCGAUCUUGGCACUCACUAACACCAGUUUCUUCAGAUCAUCUCUUUCUCUUUGGAGGAUUUACCACUGAUAAACAGCCACUAAGUGAUGCCUGGACUUACUGCAUCAGUAAAAACGAAUGGAUACAGUUUAAUCAUCCCUAUACUGAAAAACCAAGAUUAUGGCAUACAGCUUGUGCCAGUGAUGAAGGAGAAGUCAUUGUGUUUGGUGGGUGUGCCAAUAACCUUCUUGUCCAUCACAGGGCUGCACACAGUAAUGAAAUACUUAUAUUUUCAGUUCAACCAAAAUCUCUUGUAAGGAGACAGAAGAAAAAAGCUGGGUCAGGAGUCUUUAGUGUAGGGAAAUCGUUCCUUGAUCUUCUUUUUCAAGAUGUUCUGGGACUUCCCUGGUGGUGCAGUGGUUAGGAGUCCGCCUGCCAACGCAGGGGAUUCAGGUUCGAGCCCUGGUCCAGGAAGAUCCCACAUGCCGUGGAGCAGCUGAGCCAGUGAGCCACAACUACUGAAGCCCACACGCCUAGAGCCGGUGCUCCGCAACAAAGACAAGCCACUGCAAUAAGAAGCCCCCGGACCGCAACGGAGAGUAGCCCCCGCUCACCACAACUAGAGAAAGCCUGCGCAUAGCAAUGAAGACCCAACAGAGCCGAAAAUAAAUAAAUAAAUAAUUGUAUUUAAAAAAAAAAAAAAGAUUUUCUUAGCUAUUCUCUGGUAUUUACUCUUUCAAAUGAACUUCAGAAUUACUUUAUCAAGUUAAUUAAAAUCUCGAUUCUUUUUUGAAUGA